AUGGAGGCAGUGGUGAUGAAGACGGAGCCCUCAUGGGACGGGGCGGGGGCGCGGCCCGCACGCCCCAAGGACACACUCGAGUCAGACUCGUUCUGCGCAGUCACAGAGUCAGUCCCAGAGGGAAACAUGUGUGCUGCCGUGACUCCGGAGCCUAGUGUGAAGCCAGAACCAGCUGCGCAGCUGCAUGCUGCUUACUCACGGCAUGAGGUCACUGACCCGCGAGAGGAUAUCUAUGUGAAGCAAGAAGACACCGAACUACGGGAGGAUGUGAAGAAGGAACCGGGGUGGGAGGAGACAAACAAGUUGAGCGGAGUGGGGGUGUCGCAGUGUGUGGAGUUUAAGGAUGACAGUGAAGCUGGCGGGAGCGGGAUGGCAGAUACUUGUGGAAGCGAGAGGGCAGAUCCGUGUGGUAGUGGGACAGCAGAUACAUGCGAGAAAGAGACUGCACAGGAGGGGGAACUAGAGCAGGAGUUACUCGCCCUGCGCAAGGAGCGAGCGCGCUCCGUCAAGCAGGCGCGCGAACACACCGACGCUACCAGUUAUUCGUGCCUCAUGUGCACUAGAACCUUCAAGUGUUUAACCACUUACAAGCAACACAUGGCUAAUAUGCACACCGGUGAGAAACCCUUCGCCUGCGAAUGGUGCGAUUGGCGUUUCGACGAUUUAAACGAUUUUAAGAGACAUUUAAGGACUCACAAGGGUUUGAGGCACUUCAAAUGGAGAGCCAUCUACAGGAAGUUUACUAAACUCCAUAAACCUUUAUAACAUUAUGCAAAAUUGCUGUCAUAGCGUUAUAUUUCAUAGUUUUAAUCGUAUCCAUAUUCAUUCAUACACAACGUUUUACGAUCAUAACGAAACGAAACCCGUAACGUUGUAUUAUUUUUAAGAAAGCGAUGUAAUAACGUUAUGAAAGGCACGCACCGUUGCCGCUUCGUACAUCAAAACGUUUUAAGCCACUGUAGCGUCUGCAGGCAACGCUCAUCGAGGAUACUAAUCGAGUUUUCAAAAUCUUUGCGUUUUUGUGAUUUGACACAGUUAAAACUUCUAAUCAAUUUGACCCAAAAAUACAGAUGAAAAAAAAAACGGGCGCAGAAAUUGAUUUUUAUAUUAUAAAUCGUAUUAUUUUUUAAAUCAUAGCUAAGCAUUUGAGAUGAUCAACGUUAUUAUUUCGCUAAUUGGUUAUUAAGUAUAUGGAAACCAGUAAACAUCAUUAAAAUAAAGUUAUAUUACAAUAUUGGAUGUAAAGAUAACGUUAUACGAAUAUAACGAUAUUUUUAGGUCAGACACAACUAGGCUCUACGAAACUUGAAGAACCCAUAUUCUUGCGGAAACCAAUUCGUCAAAUCGUACGAUUUAAAGAGACAUUUAAGAAUUCAUACUGGAGAGAGACCGUACAAGUGGAUAACAUGUGAAAAGGAGUUUACACAACUAGGCUGUUUAGACAAACAUGAACGAAUUCAUACAGGGAAAAGACAAAUGUGUCUGUGGAAUGACACAAACUGGUGAGAGACCUUACAAGUUCGACGUAUGUAAAAAAGAGUUUACACAACUAGGCUCUUUAAACAGACAUAUUAACGAAUUCAUACAGGGAAAAUACCAUAUGUCUGUGGAAUGACACAAACUGGUGAGAGACCUUACAAGUUCGACGUGUGUAAAAAGGAGUUUUCAAAACUAGGUUCUUUAACGAAACAUAAACGGAUACACACGGCAGACAAGCGAUAUGUUUGUAGAGCUUGUGAGAAAAUAUCCGCGGAGUAGCAUUCAUUGAACUACACAGUAGGGAGAAACCAUACCCUUGCGAUUGUUGCGACACGUGCCAAAACAAGUUUGCACAAUGGACCCAUUUCAAGAAUCACAAGCGUAUACACACUGAGGAGUAGCUUAUAGCUGUGAGAUAUGCCAAAAGAAGUUUACACAACAAGUUACUGUUAAAAUGCAUCAACGAAUGCAUACUGGGGAAAAGCCAUACAAAUGCGGUGUGUGUAAAAAAGAAUUUGCGAGAUCGAGUACUGUAAAGAAAAGACACAAAGGACUCAUUUAUUUAUUUAUUUG